AUGGGGAAGACCAAGGAGGGAUCAAACCCCACAUCUCCGCCUAGAGGCCAAUCUCCCAGGAAGCCGAAAUGUUCUCGCUGCAGAAAUCACGGUUUGUUCAAGGCUUUAAAAGGACACAAACACUUCUGCGACUGGAAGGACUGCCAGUGUCCUAAAUGCAAACUGAUUGCCGAGAGGCAGCGUGUCAUGGCGGCACAGGUCGCACUAAGGAGACAACAGGCUCAAGAAGAGGAAAUGGGAAUACGCAGUCCUCCUAUGAUGAAAAACGAACCGCUUGCCGAAUGUUUGUUCUCUCUGGAAGGCCGAUCCUCCAGCUCGCCCUUCAACAUCGGCCCCUCCUCUCUGGCUGUGUCAG